AGUGUGUCUAUUUUAACCGUCUAAACGACUUUUCUCUUUUAAUAUGCUGUGGUGGUUAUUUACAAAUGUGUUCACUAACAAAUUCUGCCUUUCCAUUGUUUUUCAGGUGUCAGAGUGGGUCAACAGGAAGGAAGUUGACGACAGGGUGGUGAUUGGCUUCGGCCGAAAUGAAACGAUGCAGCGAGCUGCCUGUUUUGCCUUGACAAAGGAGGAGGAAGCUUGGUUGCAGGCAUAUUACUCGCACGUCCGGCCGAGAGUGAUCAGGAGUGACCUGAACUGUGACAGGUUCUUCCUUUCGUCAGCUGGCACUGCUUUGCUCACAGUUUCGAAUGACCUCGGUGUGCUCCACAAAGCGUACGUACCUACACAAUUCGACGUACUCGUGUGUGAUUGUUCACUUUCUAUACAGAAAAUAUCAGACCCAAUCAUACUACAAUUAACAUUUCAUGUAACCUUUUCUUUCUGCGGUUAUGAAAAAAGCUGGAGUGUGGGCACACUCGAAAACUUUUUAAGAGCCACCAGUCGUCAGGCGAGAGGUGCUUUAGAGACAGCGGCGGCUAACCUGACGGACACGGAGAAGGAGGCCGUGUCCUCUUACCUGGCCUACAACACUGCUGUGGCCAAACUGCACAGAGUACCUACGCCACAGACUGUAGUGGCCACGGCUACACUGCUGGACUCCUUGUUAGGCUCUGACACCGACCGGUUUUCCGGUCCAUCGGGCACAAAGUCUUUGGACUUUGCAGACUUUUUAAUGAAGUUUCUGGCAUCGGCAGACAGCAAAGCACCCACCAAACUGGACAGGUUAAAGGCAGGGUUUCCGGGCGAUCGUGUCUUCUACGACAAGUGGCGUGCCGCCCAAAAGGCCAAAAGAAUGGAGCGGCUGCUGAAGGCCUUUACCCGAAAACCCCAAGAAAGCAGGGUGAAAUACGGGAUUCUGAAGGAAGGGUGGAAGAACAACUGUCCAAAGCCAGCAGACGUUUUGGCAGCCUGGAAACCAGCCACCAAACUUGUCAUCGAGACUGAUGAGGACCUCCGCCGGAACCUGUCUCAGCAGACGUGGAAAGGCCUGGCCAUCAAAGAGUUUGGUGGAGAGAAAGGGCUAGGAGUUGUUGCAACCCAACCCUUUUCCAAGGGUGACAUCGUGUGUGAUUACCAUGGGAAGGUAAUCACAUACGCCCAGGGAAAAGUCAUGAUGCAGAAUCUACAGGACGAAGCAGGGUACCGGUUUUUCUUCAGGACCGGCCAGAGGCAUCUCUGCAUCGACGCCCAGACUUUUCCCUGUGAAUGCCACCCCUGUGCAGACACUGUGGGUGGAAGACUCAAGCAUUCAUCCAAGCAAGCCAACCUGUGUCCAGAACCUUUCGUUUUGAAGGUGAAUGGACAGGACGUGGAUGUCGUCCUCUUCAGGGCCCUGCGGGACAUCAGUGUGGACACUGAACUGAAGUUUGACUAUGGGGUGAAAAGGAAGUCCUUCCGAGGAGAGGGCCAGGAUCUGCAAUGGCUAGAUGAGUGAUGUUGCUC